AUGAAAACCGAAGAAGAAAUUGCAAUCGAACAAGCGGGAUUUCGACGUGGACGAGGAACUCGAGAUCAAGUAGUUAACCUAAGAUUAUUACUAGAAAAGGCACACGAACAUCAACAAACAGUUUUCAUGUGUUUUAUCGAUUUUAAAAAAGCAUUUGAUUCAAUAUCUCACAAUAAGCUCUGGACAACAAUGAUGAAAAUGGGCUACCCACCACAUCUGAUUAAUUUACUCGCGGAGUUGUAUCAAAAACAAAAUGCGAAGGUGAAAGUGGCAGGUACCGUUUCAGAAAGUUUUCAUAUCAAGAAAGGAGUACGACAGGGAUGUGUAAUAUCACCUUACUUAUUCAACAUCAUAGCUGAAAUGGCUAUGCGAGAAACAUUGGAAGACUUUACAGGUGGUAUCCAAAUCGGUGGUCAAGAAAUAACAAAUCUUCGUUAUGCAGAUGACAUUGUUCUUACAACACAAUCCAUGAACAAACUUCAAGAACUAAUGUCGACAAACGAUCCAUCUGUUCCAAUUGAUGUUGAUUUAACACGUUCGUCAAGUGGAGUAUGGCUAGUAAAAAUGCCAAAAUAUUUAUCACAAAUUCUUAAUGACUAUGGAGAUGUAGCAGCUAAUGGUGAAAUUGGACGUUUAGUUAAACGACCAGCACCAACUGGUAAAGGAUCAACAGCAGCAGCAGCGAGUGGACGAACACAAGAUGUUUUCUUUUGUCUUAAUGAUCAAAUUAUGGAAAAAAUCAAAGAAAAAAAUAAAUCACAAGAUGAUCAACUUCCACCACGAGAACAUCGAUUUUGUUUAAGCAAUAUAUCUGAUGGUGUUCUACGUACAGUUUAUACACGUACAUUAAAUAAUCCGAACUCUCCAAUGAGUGAACAAAUAGCUAUUGUUGGUAAAGUUAUGCAACGAGCUGAAGUACGUCCAGUUGAAAAUGAACAAUAUAUGUCAAUGAAGCGUAAACAAUUUGAAACAUCACAAGAACCAGCACGUAAAGCUCAAAUGAUAACGAAGAAAACCAAUAUUUAUGCACCUAAACGUGAUCAUGAAGAAAAUAAACAACGUGAACGAAUGAAAAAAGCUAUGGGAAAACGUGUACGAAGUUCUGAAGAAUCCGUACUUAAUCGUAUAUUUGAUGCUUUUUCAAAAAAUCAAUAUAUUUCAAUGUCAGCACUUGAAACAAUAACACAACAACCAAAAAAUUUCUUACAACAACUUGUUAAAAAAUAUUGUAAUUACAAUAGUGCGGGACAUACAUAUGAAUUAAAAUCACAAUUUAGACAUUAUAGUGCACCAAAAGAAGACAAAGAUGAUGAUAUUGAAGAUGAUGAUGACGAUGAUGAUGAUGAUGAUGAUGAUGACAAUAACAAUAAUAAUAUGGAUAAAACAUAA